AUGCCUAUGGAAAUAAGUCGAAAUGAUUCGGACCUGCUACGAAAGGAAUCAAUUGUACAUGACAGUGAAUUUGAUGAUGCUUCGCUUGUCAAAAAUUUGAAAGUGUCCGUGGACACUGCGUCCCAUGAUGAAUACUUCAAAAUAGCAUGGGAAGAUAAUCACAAAGUAUUGAUAGCCGCAAUACUGAAUGGCGAACAUCAGCAUAUGAUCAACUUUCAAGCUGCAUACGAACUUAGCACAAACAUAUGUCAGCGUGGCAGAUCAAAGGAGUUGUACGAGCUGUUAUAUAACGAGCUUGUUGUGUAUUUCGACGACCUGAACGCCCUUUUGAAUGACGAGUUUCUUAAAGACUUGGAAGGAAUCUGGAUCAAGAAAAAGGAGCAAUUGACACACAUCAGUCAAAUAUUCUAUGAGCUGGAUCGCGGAUAUAUUCUGAAAAAUACGCCGUAUCGCUCAAUAGUUGAUCUCGGUCUUGCUCUGCUCAAAAAGUAUAUUAUCCAACAACCUUUGGUGAAAGAACGCAUAAUCACGAAUCUGCUGUUCUUGAUUCAACGUGACCGUAAGGGUCGUGCAGUUGAUACUGAUAUGCUGACGUCUGUUACACAGAUACUCAUAGACCUUGGGUUAUACAAGAGUGAUUUUGAGCCAAGAUUCUUGGAGAGCAUGUCCGCUUAUUACAAACAAGAAGCACAGCGCCUCCUUUCUAUGUUAUCCGCUCGCGACUUUGUUCUGUACACCAAGCUUCGACAGAUGGCUGAAGAGUCAGGCGAAUGUACAUAUCUUUUGAGCAGCACCAGGCAUAAGUUAUCCAAGAUCGUAGUAAACAAAUGGAUACAAGAAAAAAUAGAGAUACUGGUAUCUAGAGGAUUCUACCAAAUGCUCGACUCUAAUGACCUUCCAUCGCUUCACAUAAUCUACAAUGCGUGUAGCUCCGAAGAGGUGCGAGGUGAAUCAAAAAUUGAAGAUUACAAUGACAGCAAUGGCAUCAAACUCCUCAAGUUUCUUAUCAAAUUUAAGAGCAAAUUGGAGGAUACAGUCAAUGAUGCAAUGGAAAGUGAUAGCUCACUGAAAAAAGCCAUUGGUAAUGCUUUUGGUGAGCUUCUUCGAGAUCAUGAACAAGAAAUCAGUCGAUUGUUGGUUCAGUUUAUUGAUUUGAAGCUGCGAUCCGCUGGUGUUGUCAUGAAGACGAAGCAGCAGCAGCAAAAUGAACAGAUGAUUAUUCAAGGUGCUAGCGAUCAAGCACUAUCCAUGUUCCGUCAUUUUAAAAAGAAAGAUGUAUUUGAGAUAUUUUAUCGAGCAUCCCUAACGCAGCGCUUAUUACUACGCGCUAGUCAAACUGAUCAUGAAAUCAUGAUUUUGAAAGGUCUCGCAUCUGAAUGUGGGCCGGAAUAUACCAAAACUAUGUAUUCCAUGAUCAAGGAUAUUGAUACAUCACAAGAUCUUUGCAAACAGUUCUUUGCAUCAAAUAACGAACAUAAUGCCACCUUUGAAAUAACAACACUGGAAAAGAUGGUUUGGACUGACCUUCCUUCUAAAAAAGGAGAUGAGUUGCUACCAGCACCUGCUGAGCUUGUACCUCACCUUGACGCAUAUGCAGAAUUCUAUGCUACAAAAUUCACCAAUCGCAAGCUCCAGUGGGCACAUUCACUUGGCACGGCUACUUUGGUCGCCAACUUUGUUUCCGGUGCAAUAACCAUUGUGGUAAACUUUGCUCAAGCGCAAAUUUUACUACACUUUAACAACAGUAGCAAACGAGCUUGGUCCCUGGAUGAAUUAGCUUCCAACUUGUCGAUAGAUAAAGCCACUUUGCAAAAUUCGAUCGAACCAUUAUGUCAGAAAAAACAUCCUAUACUCAUCAAGAACACGUUAACAAGACUUGCCCCUACUGCUGAUCAAAAUAGCAUGAAAAUUGAAGAUGGAGUCGAUGACGGCAUCGUAACAUUUGAAUAUAAUGCAUUAUUCUCUAGUCGUGAAAAGCACAUCGUUGUUUGCCACGUUGAAGACCCAGAAGAACAGAGGAAGCUGGAAAACCGAGUAUGGAAACUGGAAUUGAACGACAACAGAAAGUACCAGCUUGAUGCGGCAAUUAUGCGCAUAAUGAAAAAGAGACGGAAACUCAAACACGCUGAACUGGCAGCCGAACUACCGUCCUACAUAUCAUUUUCAGUUGCGGCACGCGAGCUUCAACCAGCAGUUGCUUCAUUAAUUUCGAGAGGGUUCUUAUCGCGUAGUGGAGCUACUUGGGUUUACACUUACAAUACUUGA